AUGUGGGAAAAGUGUAUAAACAACCUUUUUUUUAAUUCAUGUAUUCUUUCCCAGUUGCAGUCAUCACAUAGAAGUGGGAUUGGUACUUUUUAUGGUCAUCCUAAUGAAUUUCAUCACUGUGAUGCAUAUAGCAGAUUCUCAGUAGCCUCAAAUCCAUUUAGAUGUACAUCAGCACCAACUAGGCUGAUUCUUCAGAACAUUCCAAAUCAGGAGAGUUAUGACAGUCCAGCGCAGUCUGAGAUCAGCACAAGCAGCCCUGAAGUGCCCUGUGAAAGCAAGAGAAAACCAGUUAUCCGGAGAAAAGUAUUACGGAAGAAGAAUGGACAAAUGCAUGUUUGUGAUGAAUCAGUCAUCAGUGAGACUGACUCUGAUGAAGUCAGUGAAUUGGGACAAAGAUUCAGCAAAUUUCAAACUUUCAGCAACGAAGCAGAGUCUGAUACACAAACUGAAGAAUUGGGCAACAGACCUGGAAGCAUAACCGGAGGACGACCAAAUUCUGCCCACUCAUUCUUCACAAGAGAUCUGUGUAACUGUAGGCCCGGAGGAAGUGAGGGUUAUGGUUCUGUUUCAAACCAACCAAAGUCAUUUAUUAGACCAUUAAUGGAUCAUCCUCACACAAGAAACAUAAAGAAAAGUGACCCUGUAGCAAAGUAAGUGUUGGAUUUUGUUAGUUAUUUCCACUUUUUUUCAAAGCCUGCAAUAUAAUUUGUACAAAAGAUUACAAUGUACUUAACAUUGAUACAUGUGUUGCUAUGAUUUUGUCUGCCAUUCCAAUAUUCCCUGCAAUUUUUAGGUUAUCUUUCAGGACACAUGAUUAUACUUUCUUUUCAUUCAUCCUCCCCACUCCACCCUCUUCCUAGAGUUGCCAUUCCCGCUUUGAUAUUUUUGAUCUGUGUUCCAUCACAGAGCCCUUUCUGCUCUUUCAUGACACUUCCCCUUGCAAUAAAAGCACUUGUUUGUAUUUUCUCAACCCAUGCCUACAAUCCCAUAUUAUUUUGUAUGUGAGCAAGGUAGUCUUCCAACUCCAUGUUCGUCAGACCAAGUGGCUAUUUUUCUACGUCUAUUUAAUUCACGAGUGAUCCGGACAUUACUUGUUUUGGUUCUAUCAAAUAACUUUGUCUCUGCUCUUCAUCCUUAAACUCUGAUAUUAUUCAAGCUUAAGUCAGAAUUUGGAACAGUAGCUUUUUGAUAGACAUUCUGUUGCCUUCUGUCCUUAGAGUUAUUGUUUACCUUUAACUAUAAUUUUCUUGAAGUUGAUUCAUGUAGAUAUGAGACAGAAGAGAUAUUUUCAAGCACAGUUUGGGAGGUAGUAGGGAGAAGAAAUGUUGGCAAAUGACAUUUGCAUUGACCAGACUGAUCAGUCUUCUGCUGUUUCUCAUAUUAGAUUUUAUUCAUUUUCACUUUGAAGAUUUUUGUGCAUCUUCAUCCAUUUCAUGCUUUUGUUACUUUAAUGUCCUUUAACUUUCACAUUGCAUUCUUUCAUUAUUUCAAUCACCUGUUUGCUGACUAUUCAGUUCUUAACUCUAUUUGUGAUAUUAAUAACACUAAUCAAAAUUAAUGGUGUAAUGUUGCCCUUUUCCAGAUGCUGACAUGUCUACCACAUCCAACAUUUAUUUGUUCUAACAUCCAUUGCCAUUUAAAUAGGGAUCAUGGCAAAAUAUUUCUCAAAACUGACUAUCUUUAUUUCCUCUGACAUAUUUUAGUGGUCCAUUGAAUACUUCCAGUUUUAUCAUGUUCCCAAAACUCUAUCCCUUUAGUUUUUCUACAUAACUAUACCUUAAGACUUGUCCUGAUGGAAGUAAUUAAGCUGAAUUGCUGUAUUAUGUUAAAAUUUGUGCUUGUAAAGUACAGAGUAGUAAUGUAAAUAUUACUAUUGAUGCAAACUUUAAAAUCCUUAGUGAAAAAGAGUUGAGAAUUUUAU